AUGGAGACAGCAAACAAGAUCUGGCACACUGCUGCUGAUACAUUUCGAGACGACCCUCACACGCUCGACAACCGUGGUACCCUGGACAGUGCCAAACAGGAGCAGCAUCGUCAGCAGCAUGGUGAGGAGCCCAUUUCUGGCGUUCCGGGUCGAGGAACCGUGACGGAUCCUUAUGAUGCUGGUAAUCGCGACGACCAACCCGGCGCAGUUAAAGGCCAAGAAGCCACCGUGCCCGUCCACGAAGCCCAGACCUCUCUCCCAUCAUCCCACUUGCAACCCGCCUACGAAAGCAAAAAGACGACUCUCCCCGACCGCUCAACAACCGGAUCCAGCACCAUGGGUGCUGCCGGUGCUGGUGCUCACUCUGGCACCUUCACCAAAGGCGGAGUCGACUCCUCUGGUGGUAUCUGGGUGCCGGGCGAGCCGGACUUUGAGCAGAGGGAUGCGAACUUGGGGCUGAGUGGGUACGGCCGGGAUGCUCCUGAGCCGCGCACUGGCACGCAGACGAGUAAGGCUGCGUCGCUUGGUGAUACUGAUGUGCGUGCUUCUGGGGGCCCUCUGGGCACUUCUGCUGGUGGUAUUGGAGCUACUGGCGCGACUCGUAGUGGGAGUGCCAAUGCUGGGUAUGUGGAGCCGGCGUCUACACCGGCGACAUCUUCCGCGACAUCGACUUCUGGUCUUCCUAGUGGUGGCGGUAUCCAGGACACCGAUGUGAGGGGCAGUGCUGGCCGGUCUGCGGAGCCGGUGUCUCCGUCUGCGGCGCGUUCCACAGCGUCGACUUUUAGUCCUCCUCCCCGUGGCAGUGGUGGUGGUGAUGCCUUUGCCAAUGCCGGUAUGCCUGCGAAGGAAGAGGAGGAGGAAACGCUAGGAAGCAGGAGCGUCAGCGCAAAGGAGGAACCAUCUGUGCUGCGAAUGCCGUCUAGUAUUUCGGAUGAGAGACGCAGCCAGCUUCACGCGGCGAACGCGAACACCAAGGACGUUGACCCUGAUGUGUUGAGGGGCCCUUCGGUCUCCGGCAUCAAUGAGCAGACCAAGAUCCGCUUUGAGAAAGAGGCGGAGAAGGCCGCUAAAGAGGACUCUGGUACUUCGCCUGCUAACAUUCCUCUGGCUUCGGGGCCGGGGACUAGGGAGCGCUCGACCAUGCCGACUGCCGGCGAGUCUGAGAGAGCCACGGAGGAGGAACAGAAGAAGACUUCGUCCAAGGGUGAGUCCGGACUGCAGCAGCAGCAGCAGCAGCAAGACCAGAGUACCUCUGCUGGAAGGGCGCAGUCCGGCCACCAGGUUCUGGACAAGUCCGAGCAGUCCGAAAUGAGAACCAGCACGACGGGACAGUCAGGCACCAGCGGUCGUCAAGCCAGCCAGGCCGUGCAGGACGCUGAACAACGCGACUCGUCUGGCGGUGGCGCCGCCGGCACCGGAAAGCCAGGCGUGCAGCAAGGCGUGAGCAAAGAAGCUCUCCAGGGUCCUCAAGGGCCGCCCCCGAAGGAGUACGAGUUCGAGAAGGAGUUGACCUCAGGGCAAGGAGGCAAGGGAGGGUCGAAGACUGCCAAUCUCCCCGACAGCAAGGGCACUGGAACUGGCCAGAAAGCCCAACAGGCGAAGCAGGAGGUGCAGCAGGCUGACCAGACGGCUCAGAACGGGACCAAGGCGCAUAUGAAGGAGAAGCUUGGGAAGGUGCUGCAUCAUAAAUAA